AGACCGCUUUACAAUUUUCACGGCCACAGUCACGGGAUCUCUCCAAGUGACCCGGUACAGGAAGCCAUUGUCACAGCUCGCCUCGCCAUUGGAUAAGCUUCAGUGACGUAAUUGCGCUUACGGCAGCUCAGGAGGGGUCAGAUGUAGACUAAGGAAAAUAAAGGAGAAGGAGCCACAUAUUCAGAUUACCAAAUCCUAUAUAUUGCUGCAACACAACUUGGAAAGAGAACACUCAUGUAUUCUGGAAUCUCCUUCAAGGCUGAACAUUUCUGCCUGUCGUUCUCCACUUUUGAUGGUACAUUUUAAAUGUAUUGUUUUAAGGUUUUGAAAACAAUGCAGAGACGCCACAGCAGCCUCACGGACAACCCUCCUCCAGAAAGGAGCCGCAGUCAGAACUUGAACUCUGAUACUAAUGUGGAUGAUGGAAGUUUUAAUGGAUUAAAGCAAGACAGCCCGUCUUCUCAACAUUUAUUCUCCAGCUUAGCAGGUCUUCAGUCUGGUCCUAUCACAGUUCAAACAGGCUUAGUUCUGGGCUCCACAGCCGGAGGAGGUGAGGUUUUCAUACAGAUGCCUCCUCCACUCAGGGAAGAGAUUGGAAGUCGCACUGAGGCUAGUGCGUUCUCUCACCACCAUCCUCAUCACCGCCAGCUGCCUCAGCCACCAGCGCAUCAUCCACAGCAUCAUUUCCAACAUUCACACUCACGCCCAUCCCUGCUGCAUAGUGCUACUACAGAACGACAUAGAGAGGAAAGUAACGAAGAGCCUGGAACUCCUGCACCAGCCCUUUCUGAACUUAAGGCCAUUGUCUCCUGGCUACAGAAGGGGCUGCCAUUCAUACUCAUCUUACUCGCAAAAGUCUGCUUUCAGCAUCAGCUUGGGAUAGCAGUGUGCAUCGGCAUGGCCAGCACUUUUGCAUAUGCUAAUUCCUCUGUCAAACACCAGGUGUCUCUAAAGGAGAAGCGAUCUGUGUUGGCAGUGUUCUGGAUUCUGAUGUUCCUAAUAGGCAACACACUUUACCUUCUUUAUAGCUUCAGGUCUCAACAACUCUACUACAGCUUUAUUUUCUUGAAACCCAAUCUGGAAGGCCUGGAUUUCUUUGAGCUAAUGUGGGUCGUGGGCAUUUCUGACUUUGUCUUGAAGUACAUCACAGUAUCUCUGAAGUGUCUAAUCCUCGCCCUACCCAGACUUGUAUUAGCUGUAAAAUCAAAGGGUAAAUUUUAUCUGCUGAUUGAAGAGCUGAGCCAGCUGGUCCGCUCCUUGGUGCCAAUCCAGUUAUGGUAUAAAUAUAUCAUGGGGGAUGAUCCUUCUAGCACCUACUUCUUAGGAGGAAUUUUGAUAAUUCUUUACAGUCUUUGUAAGUCUUUUGAUAUCUGUGGCCGCAUUGGGGGUUUAAGAAAAGCUCUAAGAAUAUUCUGCCAUCCUCAGAAAUAUGGAGUUCGGGCCACUAAUCAGCAGUGCACUGAAGCUGGAGAUAUCUGUGCCAUCUGCCAAGCAGAUUUCAAAGAUCCAUUAAUUCUGAUGUGCCAGCAUGUGUUCUGUGAGGAGUGCUUGUGCCUUUGGUUUGACAGAGAGAGAACUUGCCCACUCUGCCGCUCUGUUGCUGUUGAAACUUUACGUUUGUGGAAGGACGGUUCAACUUCUGCUCACUUCCAGGUGUACUGAGUCUUGUGCUGCAGCCUGCUAGUAAUUUAAUAUGUGUUCAGCACAAGUCUAGAAUUGCAUGAUGAUCAGAGGUAUAUACCAUUUAACUGAUUGUAAUGAAAAACAUCAACAAAUACUUUUUUAUUUGUCUUCAAUGGCAAUUUCCUGUCUUUAUACUUAUUUUUUUAAGGACUGUGAUGAUGGGCUCAUAAAAUAUUUCAAUCUUCUUUAUUGUGUCCUUUAUCUGCUCCUCAUAUGUUGACGUAUGCUAUAAUUUUUUGUAUAUACCUACACAGAUGACCAGCCCAGAUACUGCAUGAGACCUAACAUGUAAUUAGUUUUACAGUAAUGCAUUGACAAUGACAUUUAAUGCUAAGGGAUAACAAAUACAGCCUAUACCUAUCUAUUUGACAACUACCCUAUCUAAUAGACAAUCAAGGCUGCUGUAACUUUUUAAUGUAAUUGCAUUAAAGGGAUACUAAGCUUAAAUUGUUUCUUUCGUGAUUCAGAUAGAGGAUACACUUUUAAGCAUCUUUCUAAUUUAAUCCUAUUAUCAUUUUUUCUUCGU